AUGCCAUUAUCAGGUUCAGGCAAUAGUCCUUUGCACAAUCAAAACCCUAACUAUGAGCUUAAAGAUUUUAACUCUAGAGGAACUACAAACUCAGUGAAGAAAACUGAGAAACCAGUAGAUAUUGAAUUCGAUUAGAACAAGGAAAUCGUAAUAAAACAAGUGAAGCAUGAGUCGAUUUGGUAGUUCAUACAGAGCAAAGAGGUUCCAAAGAAGGCGGUAUUUCUAGCAUUCUUUUUUAUGAUAGUUGGUCUCGCUCUAUUUUUUGUUGGGUUUUUCGAGGACAUGAGAGAAUGGGAUCCUUUCAAUGGCUUUCUCUUUUGGGGAUCUGGUUUGGUACUUUUUAUCCCAGGCUUCUAUUAUACAUUCAAGGUAGUUCAAGCCUAUAGAACCAACGAUAUCAAUGUCCGCAAUAAUAUAUUAAGAGAUAUCCCUGACAUGUGA